CAAAAAUAGUUGGCAUUGUUAGCUAUUAAGGCUUUAUACGUAUACGAUGUUAGCUAGUAGCAAGUUCCAGCAGAAAUAAAAAGUGGGUUGUCGGGUACUCGUUUCAUUCAUUUCUUUCGAGGCCGAUUAUAUUGUGCAUCUCAGUACUGAAAGAAGAUGGCUGCUCCGGAUAUGCGUCUCAACCACACCAUAUACAUCAACAACCUCAACGAGAAGAUUAAAAAAGAUGAACUGAAGAAGUCGUUGUACGCCAUUUUCUCCCAGUUUGGUCAAAUCCUUGACAUUUUGGUUGCCCGCUCCCUGAAGAUGAGGGGUCAGGCCUUUGUCAUCUUCAAGGAGGUCAACAGCGCCUCCAAUGCUCUGCGUUCCAUGCAGGGGUUCCCAUUCUAUGACAAACCUAUGCGUAUUGGGUACGCCAAAGGGGAUUCUGACAUCAUCGCUAAAAUGAAGGGCACCUACGUGGAGCGCGACCGCAAGAAGGAGAAGAGGGUCAAGGGCCCAGAGGCUGCAGGGGCCAAGAAGGGUGUGCCAGGAACCCCUGUAGUACCCAUGGGGCCUGGAGUUCCAACACCCAUGCCUGGAAUGCCACCCAUGAGCGGGGCUCCUCGUAUGAUGCAAAUGCCAGGGCAGCCCCCUUACAUGCCCCCGCCAGGGAUGAUGCCACCUCCUGGGAUGGGCCCUGGGGGGAUGCCCCCUGGUGCUAUGCUUCCGGGUGGGAUGAUGCCAGGGCAAAUGCCCCACGCCCAGGUUGCAGAAAACCCUCCCAACCACAUCCUUUUCCUCACCAACCUCCCAGAGGAGACCAACGAGCUCAUGCUGUCUAUGCUCUUCAACCAGUUCCCUGGGUUCAAAGAGGUGCGUUUGGUACCUGGUCGCCACGACAUCGCCUUUGUAGAGUUUGAUAAUGACGUGCAGGCUGGAGCGGCCAGGGAAGCUCUACAGGGCUUCAAGAUCACCCAGACCAACGCCAUGAAGAUCUCAUUCGCCAAGAAAUAACACACCAGAGAGCUCUUAAAUGGUUUACAAUCUCACACACACACACACACACACACACACACACACCAGAGAGACCUCCUCACCUUACACUAUACCAGCACAGAGCUGACUACUAACCUGUCCUUUGCCAAGAAGGUGCAGUGCGUUACUUGUACACACACACACACACAGAAUAACUGGAGAUGACUUGCCUUGUGUCUGAUUGUAGGGUACCGACAGUUUCAGAGCACAGGCGUAGACAGGUCAGCAUUUUGAUGAUUGCAAUGCUGGCGCUAGGCUCAAACGAUAACUUGUAAGGAGAAUAUUGGUAUAGUGAUUUGGUGUUAACAGGACAGUUAGCUGACAUUUGCGUAUCCAUAGCUCUGGUUGAGAACAUUUUUAAUUUAGUCAGUUUCUGCACCCAUUCUUUGAGGAUAAUAAGUAAGUAUAUUUACAUUUUUACUGUUUGUAUGUUGUAAAAGCAUUGCACCCGGGGUCUGUUUCACCCAGACAUUGUACCUGGAGCGUUUCUGUUUGAUUAAAACCUGCCUUUUCUAAUGACUAA